UAAAGAGAGCAACAAACAGCUCAGUUCAGUUCAGUUCGGUUCGUUCCGGUCCGGUCCGGUUCGGUUCAGUCCGGUUCAGUCAGUGAGGCGACGUCGGGAUUCGGCCGCAGAUUUAUUACCUUCACCAUCUGUCCUCAUUACUGCUGUGUUCAUUACAGAGUGAACGAUGGCCCAGGAGACCAACCAGAGCCCCGUGCCCAUGCUCUGUGCCACCGGCUGUGGAUUCUAUGGGAACCCCAGGACUAACGGCAUGUGUUCAGUGUGUUAUAAGGAACACCUCUCCAGACAGAACAGCGGAGGUGUGAGUCCGCUCAGUAACAUGGGUUCUAGCAGUGUAACCAGUAGUCCCACUGCUGAGGCCUCUGCGAUCCAGAUCAUCGAGGCCAGUUUAACCAAUUCGUCGAGUGAAGUAGAGUCACCUUGCGGAGCUGCUGCAGCACUUCCUGUUACGCAGCAGAUGACGGAGAUGAGCAUUUCCUGUGAAGAAGAAGGGGCGUCACCUAAAGUAGAAAUCCCUGAACCUGUUGUAACUCAGCCCUUGGCUUCUUCUUCCUGCUCAGUGAACACUGCAGUCAGCGCGGAGACCAACACACCCGAUGCCCCCAAACCCAAGAAAAACCGUUGCUUCAUGUGCCGCAAGAAGGUUGGCCUUACAGGGUUCGACUGUCGUUGUGGAAACCUCUUCUGUGGACUUCACCGUUACUCAGACAAGCACAACUGCCCCUACGACUACAAAGCCGAGGCUGCGGCCAAGAUUCGCAAAGAGAACCCCAUGGUGGUGGCCGACAAGAUCCAGAGAAUAUAGAUCACCCGUUUUCUUUUUGGCUUUGACCCUCAUUUCCGGGAGAGAUAUAACGUAACAAAAAAGGACUCGCACUUGACCUGCGAUCUAAAGGACUAUUUUUAUUUUUUAAUAAUAUUGAUCAUGUUUUUCAGCCAAUGCAUGAGUGGAGUGUGUUGUUUUUUUUUUUUUUUUUCUUUUCUUUUCUUUUUUUCCCGUUUGUGUGUAUGGUGGAGUUAAAAAAGCUGGGCAAAAGUGUGUGGACUUUAAUGUGUGCGUGUGUGUGUGUGUGUGGGGGGGGGGGGGUGUUGUGUUAAAGGUGGACUGUCAUUGUGAUUGUCGAAUCGUGAUUGUGUGUCUCGGUGAGGAGGACGGACACGUUGUAGCCUGCGGGACUUCACACGACUGUUACGGCUCUGACCGGAGCGCCGUCAGGGCAGCAGUGCAUGGCUGGCUCAUGUAGCACAAAAAGAAACAAUGGACGCUCACUUCUUUUCCUUUAGUUUGAAGAGUUCACUUCCCCUUUGGCUCGUGGCAUGAUUCCUAAAUGCUAGAGUUAGCCUUCACAGCUUUGGCUUGGUUUAUUUGCCUGUGCCUCGGACCGUCCAGCUUCAGACUUUUUUUUUUUUUUAACUCCUUUUUGUUUGAGUGACUGUUUUCUUUCCUGCUCUCGAGUGACAUUUCUUCUAUCCAGGUUGGUAAAAGUUUGUCUGUACUCCACUAAACCGAUUAAAUGUUAAGGCUUUGUAUUCUGAACUUCACUUGAGUGUUGGAGGUGGCUUAAAAGUGACCUGCAUGGCUAGUGAAAUUAAUAAAGUGUGUUAGGUUUUUAACGGCUAUUUGCUCAUAGGCCUUUUUUUUUUUUUUUUUUUUUUAAAUUAAUAAUGUCUGUCUGUGUGUGUGUGAUGUGGAGGGAGUCACAUGGUGCUGAGUGUCAUGCUGUGUUUCCACUGAGGUGUGAAAUGGUCAGUUCAUUAGUGUGUGUGUGAAUGUGCACACUGGCAUUUCUGUACAAGACUCAUUCAGUUUAAAACUCUGUUUCAGUUCUGUGGUUUGUACACGCGAGCCCCCUAUAAUAUUUAUUAUGUAUUGCACAUCUAAUCUUGUUAUCCACCAUUACAAAAUUGUAUCAUGUAAAUAAAAUGAUGUACAGAGCUCUAAA